AGACACUCAGAGGGACUUGGCUCUCCUUUUGAAGACUGCUCAUCUGUUUUCCACUUCUCAGAAAACUGUCAACCUUUACCACUGCAAAGAUCAUGAGGAAGGCAUACUCAGUCACAAGCUCCGGUGGCAGCACCAGGAGAUCCUUUGCACCAACUAGCAGCUUCUCAAACAGAUCCUCUUUUAAUGUUGGUGGAGUUGGAGCUGGUUACAGUAUGUCUUCAAUGGGUGGUAGUUAUGGCUUUGGUUCUAGCCAAGCAAGCAUUGCUCCACAGAUCACCGCUGUCCAAGUCAACCGGAGCCUGCUGGCUCCUCUGAACCUGGAAAUUGACCCAUCCAUCCAAGCCGUCCGCACCCAGGAGAAGGAGCAGAUUAAGACCCUCAACAACCGAUUUGCCUCCUUCAUCGACAAGGUACGUUUCCUAGAGAGCAGCAGAAACAAGAUGCUGGAGACCAAAUGGAGCCUCCUGCAGGACCAAACCACCACCCGCUCCAACAUCGACGGUAUGUUUGAGGCCUACAUUGCCAACCUGCGUAGACAGCUCGAAGGGCUGGGCCACGAGAAGUCCAAGCUGGAUGGAGAGCUGAGGAAUAUGCAGGGCCUGGUUGAGGAGUUCAAGGGAAAGUAUGAAGAGGAAAUCAACAAACGUGCAGCUGCAGAGAACGAGUUUGUGCUCUUGAAGAAGGAUGUUGAUGCUGCCUACAUAAAUAAGGUGGAGCUGGAGGCCAAAGCUGAUGCUCUUCAGGAUGAGAUCAACUUCCUCAGGGCCGUCUAUGAGGCCGAGCUUCGGGAACUGCAGGGCCAGAUCAAGGAUACCUCCGUCGUCGUGGAGAUGGACAACAGCCGUAACCUGGACAUGGACUCUAUAGUGGCUGAAGUGCGUGCUCAGUAUGAGGACAUCGCAAACCGCAGCAAGGCUGAAGCAGAGACCUGGUACAAACAGAGGAUGGAGGAGAUAAGAAGCUCCGCUGGACAGUAUGGGGAAGAUUUGCGCUCAACUCAGGCUGAGAUUUCAGACAUAAACCGUAUGAUUUCCAUUCUCCAGAAUAUGAUAGAGACCAUCAAAGGAACAGGUAGGGCCAGUCUUGAGGCUCAGAUCCUAGAGGCUGAGGGGCGUGGUGACCUGGCAGUGAAGGAUGCCAAGCUACGUAUCAAAGACCUGGAGGAUGCUCUGCAGCGAGCUAAGCAGGACAUGGCCCGCCAGGUGCGCGAGUAUCAGGAGCUGAUGAAUGUCAAGUUGGCCCUGGACAUCGAAAUUGCAACCUACAGGAAACUGCUGGAAGGAGAAGAGAGCAGACUGAACAGCGGAGGUUCAAAUGCAACCAUCCAUGUGCAGCAGACCUCUGGAGGACUCUCCAGCUCCGGUGGUGGGUUCGGCUUCGGUGGCAGCAGUCUGUCUGGUGGAUAUGGUGGUACUAUUACCAAGACCAGCACCUCAUCAACCAGUUCCAGGAGACUCUAUUGAAAAGGAGAGCCAUCCCUCUUCCCCCUCAGAAUCCCCUUCAGUUUGAUCUAAAUCUGUACCCCUCAUGGUGCUAUGAUAUUUUCUUAAGCAUGACCAACAAUACAGCUCAAUUUAUUGAGUGAAUAGAAAGGAUCUCUGUGGAAUUCUCUUAAUCGGUUUUGUUUAACAUCAUUCAAAAGAGUUUCUGAAGGUUAACAUGGCCUUAGACAAACAAGAGCCUUGUCAGUUCUUUGACAAGCUUUACCCAAUCUUGUCUACUUUUAGGAUUUUUUUAAUACUGCAGUUUUCCCUGAAACAAAAUCCGUUGAUGAAAUGUUUGAGAUGAAUAAUUGUAGUAUAGACAAAUUGUUCAAGUAGUCAUUCUUACAUCUGACUGCUUAUAUAAUUAAGGGGAGCAAUUUACGGUUCAUCUAAGAAAUUCAAGAUUUUGAUCUGUUUUCAGUUUAACUUUGAGCUGAUUUGCUUCAGCCUUGUUACUAUUGUUCCGUCAAAUGGUUUCAUUCCAGUUUUGCUUUUCCUGCCUUCAAGAUAAAACUAGUCUUUCUUUUGUAAAAGCCUUUAACACGAGAGUGAAUUACAUCAAAGGAAUCAGAAAAAAAUAAACUUAGAUGAACACCCUCA